ACGACAUCAGAAGAGAUCAGAUUGAGCGUUACAUUUCACAGUAUUUAUUAUCCGUACGCAUGAGUUACACGCUAGAUUUCACUAUUGACCCUCCUUUUGCCUCUCGAAAUUUCAACCUUCGUACCAGGACGAAGAAAGUGGCGGAAUUGCUUUGCACCAUUUUUUGGUGGUAGCCUAGAUUUACGCCGUCUGCACAUAAUUCCUAACUGUUGUUCGAUCACUUCUCACCGAUCUCUCGAUAAGAAUGAUCCGAUUCAUACUUCUGCAGAACAGGCAAGGCAAGACUCGUCUCGCCAAAUACUAUGUUCCUCUCGAGGAUUCCGAGAAGCAUAAAGUCGAAUACGAGGUUCAUCGGUUGGUGGUUAACAGAGAUCCCAAAUUCACGAAUUUUGUUGAGUUCCGAACACACAAGGUCAUCUACAGGCGAUAUGCUGGAUUAUUUUUCUCGCUGUGUGUUGAUAUAACGGAUAAUGAAUUGGCAUAUUUAGAGUGCAUCCAUUUAUUUGUGGAGAUAUUGGAUCAUUUCUUCAGCAACGUGUGUGAGCUAGAUUUGGUAUUUAACUUUCACAAGGUUUAUCUGAUACUCGAUGAAUUCAUUCUUGCUGGGGAGCUCCAAGAAACAAGCAAGAAGGCGAUCAUAGAGAGAAUGGGAGAAUUGGAGAAGCUCGAGUGAAGAUUUAUUCUGUUGUGAAGAGUGUUUACAUAUCAUUUUCUUUUCUUAGUUUUCUUCCAUUUUGUUUUUUCUUCUGUUUCUUCCGCAUUUAUUUUUGGCUUCGUUGGCACAGCAAGAUCUUCCCCUUGUAAAAUUGGAAUGAGCCAGAAAAUUUUAUUUUUACAACUGCCUUGGUGUUUGAAACAACACGGCUAAUUAAUUAUUAUUGAUCAAAAGUUUAUUCGUUGUUGGCAUGUCA